UCAUCGAGCACCGACACGCACGCACCUCUGCGGCUACGCUCGGCACGCGGCUUGAUCCCCGACGGCAGAGAGAGAGAGAGGCAAGGGACAGAGGAGGCCCAAGCUCUCUCGGGCUCGUGCAAGCGCGCGUGGCUCUCCUGCUCGAAGUUCCUCACGCUCGGGCCUCUCACUUGCGAGCGAGCUCAUCCCACCGCCACCGCUUCGUGCCGAGGACUCGCUCGCAACCGCAUCCCGGCUGGUCCGGACGCUCGGGCAUCUUCUCAUCACGUCUCGCAGCUCGCUCGGUCCUCCUUCUCCCUUUCCACGCAGUCUCGGCGCGUCAGAUCUCCGCUACGCAUCUCGAGCCGGACCCUGAACACACCGGCGGCAGCAGCUUGGGCCCAGCAUGACGUUCGCCACCUCAGCAGCCGAGCGGCCGACGCAGAUGCCGCCUGCGUCGCCGCUGCUGCACCCUCUGCGCUCUGUAGUCUCGGCAGGCUGGCACCGCACCUCUCUUCUGCCUGCUCGCGCCUCACGCUCAUCUCGCGGCUCUGGCUCCACAGACAGCCACGCUUCGAGCUCGGUGGCACUUCACGAACGGGCAGCUCCAUACUGGCGCUUCCGCACUCCCAUCUCUCCUUCUGCGCCCUCUCCUCUCCUCUCCGCCCUCAAUCACUCUCACGCCUUUCCCGACCCGCCACUCUUCGACUCCAGCUUGCUCCUGCAAGCUGCGCCCAUGGCGCUCGACAGUCAGAGUCCCGCCGUCACCGCGGCAUGGACCUCGCUUCGAGCUGCGUCGCCAUCGAUCUCCUUCCUACUCCUUUCCUACGCUCGCAAAGGCGUCGAUGGCGUAGCAGAGACGACGAGCAGAGCGACGCCGAGUCUCGAGGUGCUGCUCAAGGGCUCGUAUGAGGCGGAGGGAGGAUGGAAUGGCGCCAAACGCCUCAUGCUGGCGAACGAGGUGCGCUUUUUGCUGCUGCGCGUCUGCGAUCAGUACAUGCUCGUGCUCUUCUUUGGGCUAAGCGUCAGCGCUGUGCGCCGCGCAAGAGCACUCGGCCACGGACGCGCGCUCGUCGACGUCUAUCCAGCACUGAUCGCCAUGGCCGUCAUUUCUCGACCCUCUGAGCUCACAGACCAGCUCAUCCGCGUCACGCUCAAGCUCGCGCCCGGCACUCCGCUCGUGCCGACACUUCCACGCGCCGCGCCACGUUCGCCGACGCCGCCGCCACCGCCGCCUCCGAAGCCGCAAGAGGAGGAAGAGGAAGAGGUGGCCGAGGAGCUCGCGCCUUCGCUGCAGCACGACAACUCUCGACGCAGCGUGCCUACGUGCGCCUCGGACUGGGGCAGCUCCGACGACAUGUACUCCAUGCCGAACACGCCUUCGAUGCGCACCUUCAGCGCCACCAUUCCGCCCAUGACGACGCCUUCAGUCGAUCCGUCGAGCAAGCCGCUCAUUUCGCCGCCCGACGGCUGGGUCAUGAUGUCCGCCGAGCCGGAGAAGACCGACGGCGUGGUCAUCAAGCCGGAACGAUGGAGCAAGUGGACCGCCGUCACGAACGGCACGAACGCGACGGACUCUUCGGCGGUGCUAAACCUCAACCUCUCCUCGCUCGCGGCAGGCUAUCUGAGCCAUCGUACCAGCAUCGCUACAGCACGAGCGUUCAGACACGCACCUAUGCCGUCGGCGCUCGAUCUUGACGAGCUAGACGAUGGCGAAGAGGAAGGCAGCGUGGCGGAGCAGGCGCAACUCGACGCCGUGCUGGCCGCUCCCAUCGACGUCGAUCCCGAAGAAGCGCAGCGGCUCGAGCGCGAGCGAGACGAGUUCGUCAAGUGGCAGCAAGAGCAGGCUGCUUCGAUGACCGCGAUUGAGCGCGAACGCACACGGCGAAAAGAGGCGGCCCGCGUCCGCUCAGAAGAGCAACGGCGAGACAAGCUGAUGCAGAAGCUCUCGAAGGAACAGCGCAAGUGGUGCGGCAGCAUGCCUAUGGCUGCGGCGAGUCGCAUCGAGAGACAGCACAAGCCGUUCACGCGCCACAAGCCUACUCUCAGCCAGGACACGGCGUCGUCGGAUACGCGGGCGAGCAAGUACGACACGAUUGAUUCUCGCACCUCUGCGCGCAUGGAGACGACGGACAGCCGAACGACCACCAGUACGGCUGCGACGUCGAACUCGGUGCACGGUCGACCGUCCGUUGAUACCACAGCAAGCCGCAGCAACUCUGGCAAGCUGUCGCGCAUGAGUGAAGAGUCCGUUGAUGAGCAGCAGCUCCGCAGCGACAAGAGCACAAAGAAGAGCGCCACGCUGCACUCUACUGAUGCUCGCUUCGCGCCUACACUCGCGAGUACGCUGGCAGCGCCGCCGUCGAGCAAGGCUAGCAGCAUUUCGACGAUCAGACGACCGCCGAGCUCCUCUCCGCCCGAUGCGCCGCUGCCUCGCAACCCGAGCGUCGACGACCUGCGCUCUUCGACGGAGCAGGCAAGCAAGGGCAACAGUCUCUCGCCCGUGCCUUCGUCUUGUCUCGAGCCGGCGCAUUUCUCCAUCGUCCACCCGCGCUCCUCGCAUUCCGCUUCCAACUCGCGCUCUACGGGCGGCAGUACGGCGGCGCCCUUGUCGCCGCCUCGCAUCGCACCUUCAUCGCCGCUGCGUGCAGUGCCACUGUCGCCGCCACGCGCGACGCCUCGGUCUUCGCCGCGUGCUGCAGCGACGACGACGCCUCGCACGCGCAAUCUUAUGCUCGAUGGCCGCCCGUCGGCCAAGGACGAGGCCAUUGAGGCAGCCCGUGCCGCAGCGGCCGCCACGCUCGUCGAUGCGCGUUUCCGACAGCCAGAGAUCGAUCUCGGGCCCACGCCUGCGCUUGGCCUCUGGAUGCCAGCUGCGCCGCCUCAGACGUCCAAGUGGAGCAUGACGACGAUCGAUCAGAAGACGCAGGCGCACCACAGUGGCAUCAGCUCGGUGCCUCCCGUGCCGGCAAUACCUGCGAUGCUGCGACCAGCGGCGAAAGCCGAGCGUCUCUUCCUCGAGGGCGAAAGCUGGCUAGAACGUCAGAUGCGCUCGCGCAUCGCUGCUGAUCGAGAGGCACAGUACGCGGCGAAGGAACGACCGCGGAGCAAGCAGCUCCCACCUCCGCCGCCGCUCUCGGAGGAAGAGCUAGAAGAUGCACGCUGGGCAGGCGAGAGCCACGACGACAUGACGCGCGUUGCCGAGGCGCGCCGACGAGCGCACGCUGCCGACAGAGCGGCAAGAGCGCAGAUCGAAGUCGCGAGGCUGGAGCAGCGCCGGCUGGCCUUUGAAGUGUCAGAGGCGGAACGCAGGAACCGAGAGAGAGCGCAGGCGGAAUUCUUGGCGCGCGCCAAGUGGGCGAGAGAACAGGCGCUGCGAGAUCAGCUCGGCGCGUACGAGCGCAGUCAGCUCGAGUCUGAGGAACGACGACGUCGAGCUGCCGUUGAGCGGAUGAAGGAGGAGGAGGAGGCGCGAGCUGCCGCCGCCCGACGGGAGCAGGAGCAGCGAGAGCUGGACGAACGCGACGCAGUGCAGGCCGCCGAGCGGCAAGCUCGCUCGAGGGCACUGCGAGAGGCCAAGCUGCGAGAGGAGGCCGAGGCUGCUCGUCGUCGCCAAGAAGAGGCACAGCGGCGCGCGCAGGCGAAGACACGAGCAAGAGAGGCACUCGAGGGGGACUUUAGGGCGCUGUACGAGGAAGGCGAACUGGCGCUUGAGGGCUCCAUCAAUGUGCAGACGGGCGGCGUCGUGCCGUCAUGGCGUCGCCGCUGGUUCACGCUGCGAGACCACUCGCUGAGCCUCGGCAAGGCGCAGGGCGAGCCGGCUCUAGAGCACAUCGAGCUGCGCGGCAACAUCGCUUCGGUCGAAGAGUUCGACGAGGAGGGGCGCAUGCCGAACAGCUUCCGCAUUGUCUGGCACGAUCGGCAUCGCUCGCCGCUCGUGGCAUUUACUGACACCGAGGACGAUGCCGAGGUGCUCAUCGUGGGCCUGCGCACGCUCGCGUCGCUCUGAGCAAGCGAGAGGGGAGUCAGGAGCGGCGCGUGGCUGGGGCGAGGCUCGCAGGCAUCCUCGCCUGCGGCUGCGCCGCUUGCACCUUUUCGCACCGCGCACGCCGCUUCGCCUCGCCUCGCUUCCCCUGCUGCUCUCUCCCCUCCACACGUCUCCCUCUCUCCGGCUCUCUCCUCGCCCAUGACAUACCCCUCCG